AUGAGUAAAGGGAAACUCGAGCAGGUCUCGGCUGCUUGUCACCAUCUCGGAUUCUUCAACAAUGCCGGCCUCUCAGCCCACUACAAGCUGUCCGAGUCCUCGUCUCCAGCUGUAGCCGACCUGCGUGGUCUCGUCUACGCUGCGGCGGGAGAUCUGCUCCGUAAGCAUCGCAUAUUAUUCGCCAUUCCCGUGAAUGAAGGCACUCCGAAUCCUCACUUCGCCUGUCUACCUUGGAUAGAUCUCCGUCGGAGCAUUGCCUUUCUCGAACGAUCUGUACCGUUAGCCAGUGCGGCCGAAGAGCAAGACAAAGAGCUGGACGCAAUCCUCGAGGAGCAGCACAACAUCGACUUCCAGACUGACUACGGCACUUUGCCGUUUUGGCGCCUGAUUAUCCUACGAUCCAAGGGAAGAAACGAUUUCACAGCCUCCUUCAUCUACCACCAUGCCAUUGGCGAUGGGGUCUCGGGUCUCGCUUUCCACAAGGCGUUCUGUAACGCUCUGGAAGCUGCCUCUUCCUCUACUUUGCCUACCGACAGGGCUGAGAACAUCAUCCGGCCGGAUGAGAACACAGUGGUUCUUCCUCCUCUGGAAGAAUUGCAUCCCAUGCCAAUCAGCCCGCGCCAGCCUCCCCUCCCAACAGCAAGCCCCAAAGAGUGGACGGGUGCCUCCAUCCACCUCCCGUGCAAGUCCCGCUGGGCGUCUUUGUACAUCUCGCCGAGCGCCUCCAACGCCUUCGUCCAGGAGUGCAAAGAGAUGAAACUCUCUGUCACCUCUGCUCUGUCGUCAGUCGUCGCCGCAGUCCUAUUCGACAACCUCCCAUCCCGCGUGGAGGCUCUCACCUGCAUUAUCCCAGUCAGCGUACGUCCAUGGCUCAAGCUCCCUCCCCAAGUCAUCGACAAUGCAAUUGGAACGUACUUCGACGCCCUCCGCGUGCGCCUCACACGGGCCGAGCAGCGCUCCCAGGAUCCAAGUCCGGUGGGUAUAUGGUGUGGAGCUCGGCAAGUCUCCCGAUCAAUCAAUGCCUACCUCUGCGAUGUCUCGCCGUCUGGCGAGCCGUACACGUCCGUUGCAGCCUUCAAGACCGUCCCCGAUGUGUCUGCCGUCUUCCGUUCUACGCUCGGAAAACCCCGCGAUGCGGCGUUCGAGGUCACGAAUGUGGGACUCUUCCCGCCGGCCGCAAUUCGCAGGCCUUCUCGCUGGAAAGCAGGGAACGUGCUGCUCAGCCGCAGUGCUGCUGUACCCGGGGCUGCGGUCACUGUUAGUGUCGUCACCGGUAGGGAUGGGACUAUGGCGCUUGGUUUCAGCUGGCAGGAGGGUGUUGUCGAGGAUGGCUUCAUGCACAGGGUCCGACAGGGGGUGUGGAAGUACUUUGAGAAGUAUCAAUCGUAG